CACAAUCGGUUUGUCUCGGACUGCAAAGACAAGGAGCCUGACGUGCUCUUCGUGGGGGACUCCAUGGUGCAGCUGCUACAGCAGUACGAGAUCUGGAGAGAGCUCUUCUCACCGCUUCACGCGCUGAAUUUUGGGAUCGGCGGAGACACCACGGGACACGUCCUGUGGAGGCUGAAGAACGGUGAACUGGAGAACAUC